CCUCUCUCACCUCUAAUGAGCUAUCGGACGAAGGCAUUGACAAUGCCAUGACCAAAAGGCCUCACGACAGUAUAGCCGCCUCGCCGUAUGCAGCACCUUCCGGUCGGCACACUUCCCACGAUGCUGAUGGCGACGGGAGUCACGAGGAUGGCGAAGAAUCAUCGCUGAAGAAGCCGCGAUUCUUCAUGGCUACUCUGGCGUGCGAUAUAUGUCGAUCCAGGAAGACACGAUGUGACGAAGACCGACCAAAGUGUGGUUAUUGUCGAACUUUGAACCUGGAGUGUACCUAUCAAACACCUCGUGCCACGAAGAAGGACCAGUCGAUGACAGUAGCCAUUAAUGCUAUUCGUCGGCUCGAAGCCAAGAUUGAAGACUUGACGGCUGUGGUGAAUGCUUCAAAGAACACCCCUUCGGCGCCGACGCCGAUACCGCAGGCCUUGGACCAUCGUUCUCCAAUGUCGACUCUCUCGCAGCCAAGUCCAAGAAACGAUGCACAGGGGCCGCUUGUGCCACGUCAUGAUCGACUGAGCGUCCACGAAUCAGCUAUGUCGCCACAGGCUGCGCCGACACCAGGCAAAAGCCCAUACGCGGCACCGGAUGCGCAGAUGAAGGUACCGCUUUCGUUCAGCCAGCAUCGAGUCACCGUCUGGCCUGCAGUCAAGCAAAUCUUGCCCUCGGAGUUUGUUGCAGCAUGUGGGGAAUUGCCUCAGGACUACGUUGCCGACAUUGAAAGUCACCGAGCGCCAUUGCCGAUACACAUUAAUCGGCCAAUCGGCACGCACCCAGACUCGUGGCUGAUGGACUUACCGCAGUCUGUCGUGAAGGGAAUUGCCGAUGCUUACUUUGCUGUGUUUCAUCGCAAUUCACCCAUUCUUGACAAGUUUCAUUUCUACUCGAACACUCUCGGCGCGGCUGUAGAGACGGACUUUGGACCUGAUAUUGCAUCGUGCCUGGUGCUAGUAGUACUCGCCUUGGGCUGUCUUGCAGUAAAGGCACACGAGGAGGGAAAUUUCGCUUUGCCGUCGCGAUUCGGCGCCAACGGCGGUGGCUUCGUUCGUCCAGACUGGUAUGAGCUCGUUGUGGACGAUGAGCCAGGGCUGAAGUUUUUUAACGAAGCCCGGAAGCGGUUUGGCUUUCUCAUGACACAGAAUGGGUUGCAAGCGGGGCAGUACUACAUGCUCUCCACGCUGUACUACGCGCAGACUCUACGACCAAUGGACUCGUGGACGACUGUGAACAGAGCAGCCUUGUGUUGUACAAGCAUCCUUACGCGUUCGGAGGCCAUCGACUUUGAUGAGUGGGAGGGAGACAUAUUCUCUCGGUUAUUCUGGAACACACUGAUGUACGAGACUGUAAUUACACAGGAGCUGGAUACCUUACCUCACAGUGGACUCCUCGAGUUUGAGCCUGACAUACCCCUGCCGAAGUUCACGCCCUGCCCUCGACCGAAGACGUCCAUCUCUGGACUCGUUACGGACGAAGACGAGUCGUUGUUCAACUUCCACUUUCUUGCUCAGGCGGCACACAGGAUUAUCCUUACCCGAGUCAAGCAGAACAUAUACUACUAUGCCGCGAAGGAGGCCUUCCCGGGCGCUGGCAUCACGGCCGAAAUGCACCAUCAGCUCGAGCAAUGGCGCGCAAACUUACCACCAACUCUACAAUUUGUGGACAGCGAAAGCGCUGACAACUCACCCAGUCCUGCGCAUGUCAUUGCGAAGGCUAUGUUGCGCAGUCGCUAUCUUGUUGCGAAGUUCCAUAUUGGUCGACCGUUCUUGUACAAAGCGUUACACGCGCCGGAAUACACCAACGACGCGGAGUAUCGGGAAGUACGAGAGGGGCUUCGGGGCGGUAUGUUCUGGCCAACCACAAUGGGUCUCUGCACACAGAUGCUAUCAGCCUUACCGAUCAAAUUCGGUUGGUGCUGUCAGUGUUUCGGACAGGUGCUGCUGUUCCACGCCGUUGCGCGGUCAUCAGACGCAAAGCUGAGAGAGACGUUACCUGAAGGCUGGCAAGAGUGGGUGCAAAUAAUGAUGGUACUCAUCGAGAAAUGCGCCAGGCAGAGCCCUGGUAUCGCAAAGGAUUUUGAGUUGCUCAGCCUUUUGUAAGGUUCGGCUAGAAGGCAUUACAAGCAUGUACUGUUGCAAGUAAAUUUACACACCCUUGAACCGAGCCUGAUCAUCUUACACACGACGAUCGUUGGGAUAUUACAUUUACGACGAAGCUACUGAAUAUCCCUUAGUCUCGUUCUAUACGAGGGUAUUGCAAAUACGACCGUGGCUGACUGGAUGCGGCAUCUGUGUCGCAAAGGCAUGGAACUGCGGCCCUCAAGCAAAGUAGCGUCUUCUUGGAGCGCGUUCCU